UGUUCUUUUUUUCUUUCUUGCAACCCCCAAACUCAUUAGAAACUAAUCGACCCUAAAUCUCUCUCUCCCUCCAUUCCUCUCUAUAGAUUCCUCUUUAUAAUAAUUUAUAAGUUGUAAACACAAUCGAACGAAAGGAAAAGAGGCGCAGGUAGGGAGGUCGGUACACAUUAAUCUGUUGUAAUUAAGCAACUGAUACAAAGAUGGAAGAUUCGUCGUCAUCAUCAGCUUCAACGGCAAGGUUAAAGAGCUCGUGCUCUUCGUCGUUCCGGCUGAGGUCCCCAAGCCUUAACUCUCUUCGUCUCCGCCGCAUAUUUGACAUGUUCGACAAAAAUGGGGAUGAGAUAAUAACAGUGCAUGACUUGAGUCAGGCAUUGACUCUGUUGGGCCUGGACGCUGACUUCUCGGAGCUAGAGUCCACGAUCCAGGCCCACAUCAAGUCGGGUAACGACGGCCUUGAAUUCGAGGACUUCGUCUCCCUCCACCAGUCACUAGACGAUGCCCUCUUCGGCGGCGGCGGGCAGCAACUGCAACAGCAGGACCAUGACCAGUCUGCCCACGAGAUAUCACAAGAGGAGUCUGAUCUCUCCGAGGCCUUCAAGGUGUUUGACGAAGACGGUGAUGGCUACAUCUCGGCCCACGAGCUGCAGGUGGUGUUGCGAAAGUUGGGCUUGCCGGAGGCAACCGAGAUUGACAGGGUGGAGCAAAUGAUUUUCUCUGUGGAUCGCAAUCAGGACGGUCAGGUCGACUUCUUUGAAUUUAAAGACAUGAUGCGUUCCGUACUCAUCUCUACCUCUUAAAUCUUUAUUAUUCCAUCCAUACAUGCUAAAAAUUCAGUCCUUUUUUUCUUUCGUUAUAUCCCAUGAAUGCGUGUACGUACGGUACAUGAUGUACCUCAUCUUCAUCAUUUUUAUCACGAGGUCGAUCAUCAUCAGUUCAAAGUAGAUUUUCCAAUCGAUCAAUACCCAUGACCAUCACUCAUCAUCAUUUUCAUAAUUGGUCAUUCCAAUUAAUAAUUUACUUUUUCUCUUAAUUGAAUUACUUGAUUUUAUUUCCAUAGUUCAAUCAGCCGAAUAGGGUUUCCCCCAUAAUCUUUCAAUUUCUUCCUCCCUCCUCCAUAAUAGAAUUUUUCCAGCUCGCUGGACAAUAUACAUCUUCUGUCUCGAUACAACUAGCUUCAAUACAUCUUCUCUUAUUAUUGAUACUAAUCAACUGGUGCAUUUGGAUAAUUUGAUGGUUGUGUGACUGGGACUCAGUCACACUCAAAAUAAUUUGAUGUCAUUUACAUAACCACCACAUUGUAAUGUUAUAGCUUAAUUGUUAAAAAGAUUUUCAUAUAAAGUGCUCCAAGCCCACCGUCCAAAUAAAAAGCUCAAUUUGGUUUAUAUGUUAGAAUAUUGUGUAUAUAGUUUUAGAAUUUUUGUAAUAUAGUUAUUUUUAAAAUGAAGUUGCAUUCUAUUGGUCUACGAAAGUUUGAACUUCUCAAAUGAUCUUUCAAUACUAUACUCAGCCAACAAUUUUAUGUUUUCUACGAAAGAAAGCAUUUAUUUUAGUUACUGUACUCAACUAUUAGUCCAUGAAUUGGAUGCCGGCCCAACCUCUCAUUGAUCAUAGACAUAUGCUCCAGACUCUCAUUGUUUAUCGUGGUUAGUCAUGAUAUUUUAAUUCUCUAAUAUUGAUUUAUUCAAGUGUUUGUAACAUAUCAUAUCGACGGCCCAAUCGAGAAAACCUCCUACCCGAGCCUAAACCGAUGGACGAUUGAGUUGGCCUUUUUCGAUAGAAAUUCCGAUACGAUUUUACAGACUUUUAUUUAUUCCUUUGAUUGAGGGUGGCUACGUUUUUUUUCCCCAAUUAAAAUUGCGGUCUAUGUCUCAAUAGACAUAUUUAGGUAAGCAUUUUCCCACAAUUUUGGCACUUUUUUGUCUUUUUGUGAGCCAAAUUUGGCUCCCGAACUCUCAAAAUUCCACACUUCCACACUUUAGCACUUGCCAUUGUGCCCAAUAGUGCCAAAUUUUGGCACUUUGACUCUGCCAUUGUAGAUGGUCUUAGCACCUAAGAAUGUUUUCUUUUAUCUUAACAGGGAAAGGGAAUAUGCCACAACUGUAAAAUAAUUUUACACGAAAAUUUUAAAAAUAAAAUCUAAUUACAUGAUAAUAAUUCGAAUGUAUAUAAGCCCAUAACCGGUUAUAAAACGAGGAAAAAGAACUGCAAUGGUUUCAUUGGAGAAUCUAAUAGUUUCAUUGGGGAAAAAAUAUCCACUAAUUACAGAAUAUAUAACCCGAAUAAUUCUCACUAACUAGCCAAACUAAUACCUCCUAACAGAAAUAAUCAAAUAAAUCCAAAUUUGUCCAAAAACCACAAAUAAUAUCCAAAAUCACCCAAACACAAAUAAAAUCGACAAACAAAUCCAUAAACCAAAAUCGCUCCAAAAGUGGGUUUAUAACAAGUUCAUAACAAUAUUUUUCAGAUUUAACAAUAAGAAAUAUAAUAAUUCCAAAAUCCAAAUCUCAUCUCUGUCUCGUUCUUCUCCAUUUGUCCCAAAUCACUAAUUUUUUCUCUUCUCAAUCUCUAAUCCUUAAUGGGAAUUCUUGUCAGAUGUAUUCUUCAUCAAAACUAAACAUAAAUUAUUGAUAUGUCUAUUUUCUUCUAGUACAUUUAUUUUAGAUAAUUUUCUAUCUAAUGAUCACGUUCAAGAAUACGACAAUAGUAAAAAAAGUAGUGGGGUUAAUGAAUUUUAAAUUAGAUU